CUGCAGCCAGCGACUGCCCAGGUGGCCUGUCCUGCCAGCCCUGGUCUGUGGGCGUUUGGGUGUUUGUGCCUGAGCGUGUUGGCAGGCUGGCAGGCUGGCAGGAACUGACUGCCCAGCUUGCCAGCCCACCUUCCGUGACUGCCUGAGCGACCUGACUGGACUUGGACUGACUGACUCUGCUCCGAUUUUUCUCGUUCCCCUACCAAUACCCACCUACCCACCUACCCACCAUAACCUAACCCUGCCCUGCCCUGCCGGCCACAGUAGUAGUACCUAGUAGUAGUCGUAUUUGCCGCCCUUCACCAGACAGACCACCUUCUCUCUUGCCCUUCGACUUUCACUGUAAUCUGCUCCCGACCACCCCACGACUGCGAUACCAGCACAUCACCACCCCGCCACUUGUCCCGCAUCUUCCCGUCGACUCCUUUCUUCCUCGUCAACCACCACCCAAAACCAACCACCUAGCCGAGGACAAACCAGCCUCACACAUCCCACAACCCCAGCAACCCACACAAAAUGGCUCUGAAGCGAAUCAACAAGGAACUCACCGACCUGGGCCGUGACCCUCCCUCGUCGUGCUCCGCUGGUCCCGUUGGAGAGGAUUUGUUUCACUGGCAGGCGACGAUCAUGGGACCUAGUGACUCCCCAUACUCGGGCGGCGUGUUCUUCCUCGCAAUCCACUUCCCAACAGACUACCCCUUCAAGCCCCCCAAGGUCAACUUCACCACCCGCAUCUACCACCCCAACAUCAACAGCAAUGGCAGCAUCUGCUUGGACAUUCUGCGAGACCAGUGGUCCCCGGCCCUGACCAUCUCCAAAGUCCUCCUGUCCAUCUGCUCGAUGCUGACCGACCCCAACCCCGAUGACCCUCUUGUCCCCGAGAUUGCACAUGUGUACAAGACGAACCGAUCUCAAUACGAGUCGACUGCGCGGGAGUGGACUCGCAAGUACGCCAUCUAGCCUCGCGCCUGCUCCGGGGGCCCGGGUCUGUGCGUGGUUAUUUGGGAGCUGGGGAGAUGGUGGACGCAUGGCGAGGAUGAGGAGGGUACUGUGUCAUCCCCCUCGGACUUGCAGUAGAACAACAUCAAUACGGACACGUUUUCCUGCACUAUUGUUUUUCUGGCUGGCUGCUGGCGUUGCAUUCCGAGUGACUGAUUCCGGGAGUGGACCCGCUUGGUUGACGAUUUGGGUCACGAUAUUUUCUCUUGACGACCAACGUACGAGGCUGUGGGAGAAAUGCUAUGCAUACAGAUAGUUAGACAGCAAAGGAAGAGAUGUGGGUAUCAUGACAUGAGCGCCAGCUCCAGUUGCGACAAUAUCUCGCGUUGGCAAGGCGCAGUACAGGUGAUUGUUGCUGGCAUUUGUCCGGGGGAUUUUCCCAGACAACUGACUGCCAAGUGUUUGUGUGUUGGGCCGUUCCAAGUGCUGUGCUGCCCUCGGGCUCGCAUCUUAGAUCAACUUUUGUUGAUACAGAUUUUGUUCGACUUCUUGGAGGGGUCCUUUUUUUUAUCACGUUGGGUCCACGGUACCAUGGACCUCACUAGCUGCUUGUAAACCUGUCUGCUGUGGCUGGCGGGAGCUCAGUGAGUGAUACAUUUCCUUGGGCUCUGUCUGUCCCAGCAACAGGAAGACCGUGACAAGGCUACUUGGACGUGGCGCAAGGACCGUGUGGGUGGUUUCCUCAAA